UAUAUUUCCGCUUCCGUUAGGGGCCGGAAGUUAGCGUCUCCUGGGUGAAGCGGCCUUAGCUGAGCGGCAGGGCUGGUACAGGUAAGUGUAGGGUCUCGCGGGCGGGCGUUGGGCUGGGCGGGACCGGCGCUCUUCUCUAGAUCACCCGUAGGGCCUAGAGCUGAGGACCAGGCAUGGCUCUGAGGACGGCCGCGUGGGAAGCCUGACCCCUGGACCCCCUGCAGCUGGGCGAGCGGGUGGCGCCACCGAAGCCUGGGCUUUAUCCCCUCUGCAGUUAUGGGACGAAGGAAGUCCAAGAGGAAGCCGCCCCCCAAGAAGAAGAUGACAGGCACCCUGGAGACCCAGUUCACCUGCCCUUUCUGCAACCAUGAGAAGUCUUGUGAUGUGAAAAUGGACCGUGCUCGAAACACUGGAGUCAUCUCCUGUACCGUGUGCCUAGAGGAAUUCCAGACACCCAUCACAUACCUGUCAGAACCGGUAGAUGUGUACAGCGACUGGAUAGACGCCUGUGAGGCAGCCAAUCAGUAGCAGUAUCAGGGACCUGCUCCUCCGCAGCCCCAACCGGCUACCAAUCCAGAGACGUUCCAGGGCUGGGACAGCCCUCCCUCUGUGUGGAUGGAGUGGGUGUGAAUGAGUAGAUGUGCAUGGCUGCAGAUGUGACUGUAGGGAUGGAGGGAAGUGAUGCUGGGUCUCACCAAGCAAUCCAGGGUGACCACACAGAACCCUAUGCCUCAAGUGACUCUGCAAGCCUUUGAGUUGCUCCGAUCUUCAGCCCCCACCCUGCUCCCAUGCUUCAGGUUCCUGACAUCCCAGGCAAGGAUUAGCUGUGGAACCUCCAGUCUCCUCAGCCACCUCACCAGCACCUUGCCCUUGGGGACCUGGACUUCUGUCCUAACCAGCCUCCUAGUGCUUGUGGUCUGGGAAUAGAGGCUACUGACCACCCAGGUCCCUUGGCUGGGCUUUGUUGGGGAACACCAUUUUCCUCAUUUGCCUUUGUAGAAAAGGUAGGGGCUAGUUGGGGUACAGCUGUCAUUCAUGAGCCUGUCAGUAAAGCAGCCAAUAUGUA